UGCCUGCCCAUCUUAAUAUGGUGAGCUGUGCCUACCAGGUAGUGGAAAUGAUUCAUUCUCUCACUUCUACCGCACUCUCAAUUCUCUACAACUCAGCGCCCUCGCGCGAAAUCUCUCCCUGUUUCUCUUCCUACAACCAUCCUUGAGGCAGCAUCACAAGUGCGCAUCAGUACUACGCCUCUACACACCUUUUCAAGAUGUCACAGGCCUCCUUGAAACGAGAACACUCUCCAGAUACCGACUCUGACACAGAAGAAUCGCAAAACAAGCGCCAUGCCACCGUUUUCGAGUGCAUGAGGCAGCAAAGGCAACACUCCACCUCCGCGACUCAGCAGCUCAGGUUGCCAGCUGUAAAGUGCCCAGACGAUCUAUCGCGUGCCAGUCUGGCCGACUGUUUCCGCAUCCUGUCCAAGGCGAUGGAUUCUUCAAGCCAUCGAGAACCAGGCACGACCAGCCCGUCUGCUGAGGCCAGGAGCCCUUCUGGCAGACUGAUGGACGAGUUUCUGGAGGUGCUGUUCGGGGACAGCUGGACAUCGGCGGAUCCUAUCGUAGUCGUUGAGAAAAAGAAACCCAACAGCGCUUUCUUGGAGCAUGGCCGCGUGGUAAUUGCUGAAGGAAGCGACAACAAUCAUCGGGUGGUGAAUUGCACAUUGCUGGUCUGCAUGUCCCCUUUAAGCCUCAUCUGGGGCUUUCGAAAUCACGACAUGACCCAGAUCUUGGCCCCGUCUGAGGUCACUUAUUAUUUAGACAAACGCGUCGGAGCCGCAGCGGAUCUGAAUUUUCAGCAGCGCCGCAUGCUCUUGCAGGCCAAAGAGACAAUAUGCGAAUAUAUCGAUGCAGAAAACUUUCGACGUGCUGUGGCUUUCGCUCGGAAUGCUAUAUGCCAAAGGGAGCAGAGAGGGACAAGCGCCUUUCACUAUGUCGAAGACGUUUGGCGUUUCUCCCAAUCCGCAGACAUACUUUCGAUGCUCCGCAACCAUUAUCGUCAAGUUUGCGAUGCAAAUGGAAGGCUGUGCUUUUUUUCAGGAGCUUUUACAAUUGGCAGGGCGAGACACAGAGUUGAGCAGUCUUUCAGCAUGAUGGCUCUUAGCAUGAUCGAGAGAACUCCGUUGCUUCUGCAAGAAAGCGACGCUCUCUGCUGGAUAAAAUCUUCUGAGAGAAGGAACGAAAACUAGAGGCUGCGACAAUUGCACCAGAUGUUUCGGGACUGGCGAUGAAGGAUAUGGAAGCAACCAACCCAUGAACCGUGGGGACGAGGUCCGCCAUCCCGUUCCUGUCUUGGCCGACGGAGCCCACGCUCCGUGAAGUCCAAUAUCCCGGUGCCGGUAUCCGAAGUAAUCGACGCUGGCUUCUAAUUUGUUUGUCGAUUCGGAGCAAGGUAGCAUUCGGGAAAUAUCAAUAAGGGCAGUCAGUAGGCUUGAAAUGGGGGAUGACCGUCCGCAUGCCGAUAUAAGACACUCAACGUCCUUCAUGGUAUAGAGACACCCUUUAAUUUGAAUCUCAUUCUUCAAUCUUACUGCUGUCAUUCAUAAUCCACAAUGAAG